UAAAUUAAUUUAACCUUUCUUCAAUUUUUGUCUCUACCACUUUUUUUCAACUCAGCAGUUCAACAGGCCAAAAAUGGGUCGUAAAACAUUUUGCUACCAUCUCCUGCUUCAUUUUGCUUUGCUCUUUAUCCUGUCGAACGCUGAAGACAUCAGCCUCCGUCCUCAAGCUCUCGAUUCUUUCAAUCUAAGCUUAAUCCAGAACGCGGGGAGCUGUUCAUAUGAGGUGAUUAUUUCAACCAGCUGUUCCUCUUCCAAAUACACUCGCGAUCAGAUCAGCCUUGCUUUCGGCGACGCUUUUGGCAAUCAGAUAUAUGCACCGAGGCUGGAUGAUCCAUCCUCCGAUACGUUUGAAAGCUGCUCAUCUGAUACAUUUCAGAUAACUGGACCAUGUGCGCAUCAGAUAUGUUAUGUUUAUCUGUAUAGAACUGGACCCGAUGGCUGGAAACCUGUAAGUGUGAAGAUUCAGGGUUACAAUUCAUUUCCUGUUAGAUUUGACUACAACGUUUUCAUUCCGAGUGAUACUUGGUAUGGCUUUAAUUAUUGCGGUAGCUCCUCUUUUGCGCCGCUUCAUAAAAUUUCAGGAUGGUUUUUGUAUCCUCUUCUGGUAGUUGUUGCUAGUCUUCUUGUAGUGUAAUUUGAGGUUUGCAAUUGCAUAUUGUAGUUGAAGUGCAGUUGAUUGCAUUUUUCAUACUGUGAUUUGAAAUUGUAGCUAAUUCGAACAGUUAUGGACGAACUAAUGCAAAUUUUACAGUACUAA